GUCACCGGUGACUCGAGAGGAGAGACCCAAUUGCUGAACUUUCCACCCGGUGACCCUGUUGGAUGAUAUUAUUUGUGGGGAGCUUAUUAUUUGUGGGGAGCUUCUCAGAACCGUCUGUGGCUGUUGUGGGAAGGUAAUAUCGUUCUAUUUACAAGCAUUGCACGUCCAGAAGCUUUCAUUUCAAUCAAGGGGUAUAUAUCCUUAACGAUAUGUGCUUAAAAUGGAGAUGCGCCCAACUCCUGGACUCCAGAAAGCCUUUCCUUCAGCUUGGAUUUAAAUGAAGAUCAACUGGUGACGGACCUGGGAGGUAAUGUUCGCUUCAGAGCAAAACUUCAGAUUAUUCUCACAGUUUUAACGGUGUGGUUAACAAGAUAUAUUUUAAGAAAAAGCUGGAAUUUGACAUUUUUGCCUCGGAGUCGAUGGGAUUAAACGGUUUGGGAGAAUUGCUCCAGGAAGGAGCACCCAGAUAAAAAAUACAUUAAUAAAGGUUUUUGGAAUCAGGAAACGUGAAGGGUUCCCACAACAUGGUUAAACUCUUGUGGGGAAUCUGAUCGACUGGCCUUGGUUGAAGUGGGAUUGGAAAAGUUUAAGUGGAGGAAGCCCCACUGAAAGUUGUGUCAAGCAAGACUCAAUUGUGGGGCGGGGGGGCGGGAAGGAUCAUGUCCAGAGCGAACAGUGUGAGCCCCCCGGGUGCUGGACCAGGAGCUAACGAACACAAGGCAGCGUGGGCUGAGGGUGAAGGGGGCACCUUGCAGCCCAGAGCCAAUGGCAUCCCGAUUCCUGGUGGCAGAAACAGGGAUAAGCGCUGGAGGGACGAGGAGGAGGAUUGCCAAGGGCCCUUACCUGGUAAGACCAGCAGGCUGAGCCUCCGAUCCAAGUCCGCCUGGCAGGAGCAGCUGGGCAGGGAAGGGAGACCAGGGAGCCACAACAAUGUGGUCCGACCCAGGCAUCAGCUCCGGCUGGAUGGGGAGGUUAGACCCAAGUCGGUGGAAGUGGGGCUGGAGGAAAGAGCCAUGUCAAAGCUAGCAGACGUUGACUCCUCAGCUUCUGAUGUUGAGAUCUCCUUCACGGAUUGCUGCCAAGGACUAUUUCGGAUCUUCCAGUCCAAAAAGUUCCAAUCCGAGAAGUUGGAGAGGCUGUACCAGCGUUACUUCUUUCGGCUAAAUCAGAGCAGCCUGACCAUGCUGAUGGGGGUCUUGGUGCUGGUCUGUGCCGUCAUGUUGGCUUUCCAUUGCGCCCAUGGGAACUAUAGGCUCCCUUACCUGGUGGUCUUGGCUGUGAUCAUCGUCCUUGUCCUUGUGCUGAUGGUGGUCUGCAACCGCAAUGGAUUCCACCAGGACCACAUGUGGAUCAUCUGCUACCUGCUCAUUCUGGUGAUCCUGGCAGUGGAGAUCAUCGGGCUCCUCCUGGUGGAGCCUCGCUCAGCAUCGGAGGGGAUCUGGUGGACCAUCUUCUUCAUUUACAUCAUCUACACCUUGCUGCCCAUCAGAAUGAGGGCUGCGGUCAUCAGUGGCAUCCUCUUGUCAGCCCUCCACCUUGGCAUCUCUUGGAGGAGGAACCUGGCGGAUCCCUUCCUGUGGAAACAGCUGGUCUCCAAUGUGCUGAUCUUCUCGUGCACCAACAUUGUUGGGGUCUGCACCCACUACCCAGCGGAGGUGUCCCAGAGGCAGGCGUUUCAGGAGACUCGGGAGUGCAUCCAGGCAAGAUUGCACUCACAGAAUGAGAACCAGCAGCAGGAACGUCUACUGCUGUCAGUACUUCCGCGGCAUGUUGCCAUGGAGAUGAAGGCCGAUAUUAACGCAAAGCAGGAGGACAUGAUGUUCCACAAGAUUUAUAUACAGAAGCACGACAAUGUCAGCAUCCUCUUUGCAGAUAUCGAAGGCUUCACCAGCCUGGCCUCGCAGUGCACGGCCCAAGAACUGGUCAUGACACUCAACGAGCUCUUCGCCAGGUUCGACAAGCUUGCGUCUGAGAACCAUUGCCUGCGCAUUAAGAUCUUGGGCGAUUGCUACUAUUGCGUUUCGGGUCUGCCUGAGGCUCGGGCAGACCAUGCACACUGCUGCGUCGAAAUGGGGGUGGAUAUGAUUGAGGCCAUCUCUUUGGUGCGAGAGGUGACGGGGGUGAAUGUGAACAUGCGAGUUGGGAUUCACAGCGGCCGCGUGCAUUGUGGUGUCCUGGGACUCCGCAAGUGGCAGUUCGAUGUGUGGUCAAAUGAUGUCACCCUGGCCAAUCAUAUGGAAGCAGGAGGCAAGGCUGGGCGAAUCCACAUAACUAAAGCCACACUCAACUACCUGAAUGGGGACUACGAGGUGGAGGCAGGUUUCGGAGGCGAGCGGAAUGUUUACUUGAAGGAUCACAAUAUUGAGACCUACCUCAUCGUGGGAUGUAGCCAGAAACGGAAGGACGAGAAGGCGAUGAUGGCGAAACUCAACAGGACGCGGUCCAACUCGACAUCCAACAUUGGCUCGCCGUGGAAUGUGGAGCGCCAAUUCUAUAACCACAUCUCGAAAGAGAUGAAAACAAUGGGCAUUGUGGACUACAUGGGCAAGGACAACAGAAACACUCAAGAAAACAUGAACCCUGAGGAUGAGGUGGAUGAAUUCCUCGGACGAGCAAUUGAUGCUCGAAGCAUAGAUCGACUACGGUCUGAGCACGUGCGGAAAUUCCUGCUAACUUUCAGGAAACCUGAGCUAGAAAAGAAGUAUUCGAAGGAGGUGGAUGACCGAUUUGGAGCCUAUGUGGCCUGUUCCUGUCUCGUCUUCCUCUUCAUCUGUUGUAUUCAGAUAACCAUUGUGCCCCACUCCACGUUGAUGCUGAGCUUCUACCUGUCCUGCCUACUGGUCCUGGCCAGCGUGUUGUUCGUUUCCACCAUCUACUGCUGUGUCAAGCUCUUCCCCCGCCCACUGCAGCACUUGUCGAAGAAGAUCGUCCAAUCGAAGUUAAACAGCACCAUCGUCGGGGUGUUCACCAUCUCACUGGUGUUCCUGUCUGCGUUUGUCAACAUGGUAGGUGGAGUCCGUUGUGAGUUUGUGUGCAACACCCAGGAUUUGUAUGGCUGUGUGGCUAAAGAGUACAACACAACGCCAAGCAAUGUCAAUGCCUGCCACAUCGCUAACUCCAUUGCCAAUUACAGUCUGGACUUGGAGACAGGACUCUGUGGGGGAGAGGAACCCAGCUGUAACUUCCCUGAGUACUUUACCUGUUGCGUGUUGCUGAGCUUGCUGGCCUGCGCUGUGUUCCUGCAGAUCAGCAGCAUUGGGAAGCUGGUCCUCAUGUUGGUCAUUGAGUUGGUUUACAUCAUAAUGAUGGAGGUGCCCGGGGUCACCCUUUUCGACAACGCGGACCUACUAGUCACCGCCAACAGUCUUAGCCCUUCCAAUGGAACAUGGACUUGCUCCCUGAAGUUCUCAAAGGUAGCCUUGAAGAUCAUGACUCCUAUUAUUAUCACGGUGUUUGUUCUGGCACUCUAUCUCCACGCUCAGCAGGUAGAAUCAACGGCCAGGCUAGACUUCCUCUGGAAACUGCAGGCCACUGAAGAGAAAGAAGAAAUGGAAGAACUUCAGGCCUACAACAGACGCCUUCUGCACAAUAUCCUGCCCAAAGAUGUCGCUGCACAUUUCCUUGCACGUGAGAGGCGUAAUGAUGAGCUGUACUACCAGUCCUGUGAGUGUGUGGCUGUAAUGUUCGCCUCCAUCAGCAACUUCUCCGAGUUCUACGUCGAGUUGGAGGCAAACAACGAAGGGGUCGAGUGCCUCCGACUUUUAAAUGAGAUCAUUGCUGACUUUGAUGAGAUCAUUAGCGAAGAGCAAUUCCGACAGUUGGAGAAGAUUAAGACUAUAGGUAGCACGUAUAUGGCAGCAUCAGGUCUGAAUGACUCCACGUAUGACAAAGCUGGGAAAACACACAUCAAGGCACUGGCAGACUAUGCCAUGAGGCUAAUGGACCAGAUGAAGUACAUCAACGAACACUCAUUCAAUAACUUCCAGAUGAAAAUAGGUCUCAACAUUGGUCCUGUAGUAGCAGGAGUGAUUGGAGCCCGCAAACCUCAAUAUGACAUCUGGGGAAACACUGUCAAUGUGGCAAGUCGAAUGGACAGUACAGGAGUCCCUGACAGGAUACAGGUGACAACAGAUAUGUACCAGGUCCUGUCGGCUGAAAGCUAUCACCUGGAGUACCGGGGACUGGUUAAGGUCAAGGGCAAAGGAGAAAUGUGUACAUAUUUCCUGAACGAGGGACCAGACAUUAGUUAGCGAUGUCGGGCACAGAAAAAAAACUAUGGUCGUCAAAACUCUUGGAAUUCCUGUGCCCUACAUGUGAUUGCGAGGAAUGAACUGAGGAUGUACAAUGUUAGAACCACAGCUGAGUGAUGUUCUCGACCCCAACAGCACAAACACCAGAGACCUUUCCAAGAGAAUCCCCACAAAGAAGAAGACAACCUCAAAGAAGAUGGGAACAUACAAACAGGAGGAGGCCAUUCAACCCCUUGAGCCUGUUCCACCAUUCAGUAAGGUCAUGGCUGAUCUGGGGCUGAACUCUAUCCACCUAUCUUGUUCCAAAAGCCUAAGACACAAAGACCAUGCAAGCUCUGGCCAACACUCUAAUUGGAUAAUUCCUCCCCUCCUAUCACUUUUAACGUCACACAAUCAAAUAUAUAUAUAAAUAAUAAAGCACUGUGGAGACUUGGUGUACCAGGAACAACCACAUACACUCACACAUACACUCACAUUUACAUAUACACAAACACCUACAUUUACACACACAGGCAAACAUUUACCUAUAUACACAUACACACUUACACAUACACAUUUAGACACAGACACUUACAUAGGCACAUACUUACACAAUUACAUAUACACACACACAAAAAUAUUUACACAUCACAUACAUACAAACACUUACAUAUACAACACAUGCAUACACAUUAAUAUUAACACUUCCAUAUACACACCCAUGCAAACUUACCUAUAUACGCAUAAUUACACAUUUACGCUUAGACAUGCAGGCACUUACAUUUAUAACACACACAUACACACUAAUGUAAACGCUUACAAAAACAGUCACAUGCAAACACUUACCUAUACACACACUUACACAUGCACACUUAGACACGCAGGACACUUACAUGUACAACACAUUUACACAUUAACAUAAACACUUACAUACAUUCACAUGCAAACACUUACAUGUAUAUACACACAAAUAUAUUUACAUACACAUAAACAUUUACAUAUACACCAGCAUUUACAUAUACACACAAAUAAACACAUUUAGACACACACAAACUUGUACAUAUACAUACAUACACACACACAAAUCCUUACAUAUAAUCACACAUUUAUGGACAUACACACAUGCAAACAUUCACAAAUACAAGCAUGUACACACAAAAGCAAGGCUCCUACAGGGUAAAACUUGGACUCAGCAUGAAUUUCAGAUGGACACCGAUAGCAGAUUACAGACCCAGCUAUAUUUUGACGUGUUGGGCAAGUGCAGGGAACUGCCACCUGUGCCAGUGUGACGUAUAUGACAUCCAGCGUGAAUGUUUAUGAAGCGUGAAAAUCAGGGCAGGUACCAUUCCCAGCACGAUACGCCCGGGCGAAACCAGGAAUGAUCACUGGUGAUUAACCUGACAGCGUCCUCUUCUUCAGCAUAGAUUCAGCAGACCACUGGGGCACUAUUGGGAGUCCCCUAUGAUCACAUGAAAAUGGGAGAACCUUUGGGUGUUCUUCUGACUGCGCCUUCCACACAGGAGAGGCGGGGGAAGGGGGGCGGAAUUAAACUACUUUAAAAACCUACCACUUCUUAUUUUAGUUUGUAAUAUUACAACUGCAGAUUUAGCAGAGCACUAGAAUUCUAUAUUUUGUAACGAUAAUAGCAGACGCUACAUUCGGCAGUGCAUAUUAUUCUGAUGUAUUAGAUGCCAUUACGAGCACGAAGCACAGUCCUCUCUCUAUGUAAAAUUCUCUCUCUCCCAGUCACACGUUAUUCUCAGUUUACAAUAUGGCUUCAUCGCAUGCGGGUCAGAGGACUUACUGAUCUUCCACUAUUCCCACACACCUCACCACCCCUCAACACCACCAUCUUCACUUCCCCUCCUCCUGAUAUUCAUCCUUUCAUUGUUUAAAACCGUACCUGAUUCCACGGGCACUUUUCCACUGUUUGAGUAGUCCAUGAACAGGGAUCGACAACGUUACAUGAACGGAGAGGGUCAUUUAUGGGUCUCUGACUGCUGGAACGUAAUUGAUAAGAUAACAUUUUGUGAUUUAUAAGAGGGAAAUGCACUCUUUUUUUAAUCCACAUCUUGCAGACAUUAUGGUAAUUUCCCAUGGAAAUUGAAAUGUGUUCAAUAAUUUAUUACAAACUGUAUUAAACAAGAUAUUGCUUCACUGGAAAAA